AUGUCCGCUGCCAUCAACCAAGAUGAUGACUUGAAAUUCCAGAGGGAAAACUGGGAAAUGAUAAAGACACAUGUUGCACCCAUAAUAUCCGAUCUAACAGUAGACAACUUGCUGAAAUCAUAUGAGGAUCUGUUUCAGGUCAAUAUAAUUCUCGGUGGAAACGUUGUUUGCAGAAGUGUCGUAGAUUUUGUCCUCAAGAAAGAGAAUAAUCAGAGAAUUCCUGCGUUAGCCGCUUUGAUCGCUUUGUUGAAUUCCGAUGUUCCUCAAAUUGGUAAGAUUUUAACCAAAGAACUAAUGCUAACUUUUGUGAAGCAGUUCAACCGCAGUGAUUAUUCAUCGUGCGAAAACCUUCUUCAAUGUUUGUCCAUUAUGUUUCUUUAUGACGUGGUACAUGAAAUUGUCAUCCUACAGAUUCUGUUGCUACUGCUGGAGAAGAAUUCUUUACGAUUGGUCAUUGCAGUGUUGAAAACAUGUGGCUGGAGGCUUGAAGUUGUUAGCAGAAGGACUCACAAUAUGAUUUGGGAGAAACUAAGGUAUAUUUUACAAACGCAGGACUUAUCCAGAACGCUGCGUGAGGGCCUGGAAGAACUAUUUGAAAUUAGACAGAAACAUUAUAAAAAUGAGUCUGAAGCUCUACUUGUAUUGAAUCCAACAGACUAUACCGUCAACACGCACUCAUAUAUUGUUAAUGAUGAAGAUGAAGCUAACAGCGAAUUGGGAAAUUUUGAGAAAUGUACAAGGUUUGAUGAAUUGGUCAAGGCAUUCGACAUCCUGCGACAAAAAUUCCUGAUAAACAGCGAAUCUAACUCGAAUUAUGGUAGGAAUGAUCAGUUACAAAUUAGUGACAUGACUUCUGCGAACGAUGUCGAGUUCAAAAAGAAAAUUUAUUUGAUUUUGAAAAGUUCACUAUCAGGUGACGAAGCAGCGCACAAGUUAUUAAAAUUGAAGAUCGCUAACAAUUUGAAAAAAAAUGUCGUGGAUAUCAUCAUCAAAUCUAGUUUACAAGAAUCUACCUUCUCUAAAUUCUACUCUAUUUUGUCUGAACGUAUGAUUACGUUCCACAGGAGUUGGCAGAUUGCCUACAAUGAGACUUUCGAGCAAAACUACGCACAAGACAUUGAAGAUUACGAAACUGACCAGUUACGGAUCUUGGGUAAGUUUUGGGGACAUUUGAUCUCCUAUGAAUUUCUUCCGAUAAAUUGUCUUACGAUAAUCCAGUUAACUGAGGAGGACUCGUGUCCACAAGGAAGAAUUUUCAUAAAGUUCCUGUUUCAAGAGUUAGUUAACGAGUUGGGAUUAGAUGAGUUACAAAGAAGAUUAAGUUCCUAUAAACUUAAAGGGCUGUUCCCACUGGAGGGGGACGCUGAUCACAUCAGAUACUCUAUAAAUUUCUUCACGGCCAUAGGGCUCGGUAUAUUGACGGAGGAGUUGAGAGAUCAAUUGACAAUUAUUCAAGAAAUUGAAGGCGCACAAGAAGAGGAACAAAAAUUGAAAAGGGAAAAGGAACUUGAGAACUUAAGGAAAACGGCCAGGCAGUCACAACCGUCUCAAGGGCCCAAAAUUCACGAAUCCAGAUUAUUCUUACAAGAUGAUGUUGAAAGAAAUAGCAGGUCAAGAUCACCGCCAUCCGUCGCCGGUAGAAAACGUGUCAGAUCAAGAACGCCGCCAGGACGCCCAAGAAAUCAUCAUAACAGAUCCCGAACUCCACCUGCAAGAAGACAACGACAAAGAUGA